AUGUAUCAAUCUAUCUCUCAUUCUAUUCAUAUCUAUCAUUCUAUCAUUCAUAUCUAUCUAUCUAUCUAUCUAUCUAUCUAUCUAUCUAUCUAUCUAUCCAUAUCUCUCAUUCUAUCUAUCUAUAAUAUUCAUAUCUAUCUAUCUAUCUAUCUAUCUAUCUAUCUCUCAUUCUAUUCAUAUCUCUCAUUCCAUCUCAGCCUAUUCGUAUCUAUCUAUCUAUCUAUCUAUUCAUAUUUAUCUAUUUAUAUCUCUCAUUCUAUCUAUCUCGAUCUGUUCAUAUCUAUCUCAGUCUUUUCAUAUCUAUCUCUCUAUCUAUCUAUCUAUGUAUCUAUCUAUCUCAGUCUGUUCAUAUCUAUCUAUCUAUCUAUCUAUCUAUCUAUCUAUCUAUCUAUCUAUCUAUCUAUGUCAUUUGGAUCAUUUCUACCUAAAGGUCACCAAUUAUCCAGGGACGCAAUUGUCCGGCACGCAAAUGCCCUUUACUCAACUGACCUAGAACCCAGUGCCAUACGUGGACUUUAUGGAAAUGAUGGCUUUUUCUUUCAACAAGACAGCACAACUCCACACCCCCAAAAGGACGUUAUUACAAUAUCUAUACGAAAUUUCCAGUUCCUGAAGGGUGUAUACAUUUUUUGGUGUCUAUGUAUCUCUCUCUCUCUCUCUCUCUCUCUCUCUCUCUCUCUUGUAUUCUGUGUCAACUUAUCUAUCUAUGUCAGUAAAUUCAUAUCUAUCUAUCUAUCUAUCUAUCUAUCUAUCUAUCUAUCUAUCUAUCUAUCUGACAAAGUCUGUUCACAAAUCUAUCUAUCUGACAAAUCUAUCUAUCUAUCUAUCUAUCUAUCUAUCUAUCUAUCUAUCUAUGUGUAUUCCGUGCCUAUCUAUUUAUCUGUCAGUCUAUUAAUAUCUAUCUAUCUAUCUAUCUAUCUAUCUAUCUAUAUGUCUGACAAAGUCUGUUCACAAAUCUAUCAAAGUCUGUUCACAAAUCUAUCUAUCUAUCUAUCUAUCUAUCUAUCUAUCUAUCUAUCUAUCUAUCUAUCUAUCUAUCUCAGUCUUUUCCUGUUUAUCUAUCUAUCUAUCUAUGUGUAUUCCUUGUCAACCUAUGUAUCUAUCUAUAUCAGUCUAUUCAUAUGUAUAUAUUUAUGUAUGUAUCUAUCUAUCAAAGUCUGUUCACAAAUCUAUCUAUCUAUCUAUCUAUCUAUCUAUCUAUCUAUCUAUCUAUUUCAGUCUUUUCCUGUUUAUCUAUCUAUCUAUCUAUCUAUCUAUCUAUCUAUCUAUCUAUCUAUCUAUUUCAGUCUUUUCCUGUUUAUCUAUCUAUCUAUCUAUCUAUGGAAUGGCCCCAACCUGACGACUGAUCAAACAAACGCCAACGCCCAGUUGGCCGACAACACCUGUUUGGGUCCCUGA